AUGUUUAAAGCAGCAGUACUUCUUUCUCAUCAAUACAAUAUAACAAUCGAAGGACAAUUCAUUGGAUGGCAAGCUAUGGAAACUAGUGGCGAUGUGAUCGACUCCAUUAGCAGUACCUGUCUAGCAGUGUCAAGUGCAAAGAUCAUCGGCAUUAUUGGCCCAGCAUACUCAAGAGAAGCUCAUAUUAUUGCUCCUUUUGCCAAUAGAAUCGGUAUUCCAGCGAUAUCCUAUGCUGCAACUGAUCCUGAUUUAAGCGAUCGAAUUACAUAUCCUGCAUUUUAUCGUACGGUUCCUUCAGAUUACACAGCUGCAUUAUCGAUUGCGCAACUGUUCAUAAAGUUUAAUUGGACGUCAUGUAUCAUUAUCCAUCAAAAUGAUGCUUUUGGAUUUGGUGGUGUCAAAGCAAUAAGACAGACGUUUUAUAACAAUGGUUUGCAAGUGAGUCAGACAAUCACAUUUGAUAUUGCCAAACUGGACAUUCAAGGUAAUUUAAAAGAAUGCCUAAUUAGUAGUUCAGUACGAAUAGUAAUAUUGUGGGCUCAAUCAAUUUAUGCGUCUUUGGUUCUACAAUCUGCACUUGAUGUCGAUGUACUCGGUCCACACUUCACAUGGAUAUUAAGUUCAAGUGUUCCGGUGAACUUAUUCAAUCGAACAUUUUAUGAAAAACUAAUUGGAAUGCUUACAAUCGAACCUACAACAGGAGAUUUCUUGAGUAAAUCCAUAAAUAGAACAUUGUUAAAUGCAGCAUAUCAUAUAUGGGAGCAAUAUGAACCUAUGUCAUUUCCUGGAUCAACAAAAGUUAAUAACUACGCACUAUUUACAUUUGAUGCGACUUGGUCAUUAAUUCAGUCAUUGCAACAACUUUGUUCAACAAAUGUAAAUAAUGAUUCUUCGUGUAUAUCAUUUAUCAAUUCUUCAUUUUGUUUUGGUAGCCGUUUUCUCAAUUCCAAAUCUUUUUUCAAUAAAAUUAUCGACACUAAAUUUCUUGGUGUAUCUGGUCCAAUUCAGUUUAGUACUAAUGUAACAAAUCGAAUAAGUGGUACGUAUUAUUUAGCACAAAACGUUCAACCUUUUUCAAACGCUGUAGAUUAUGUGCCAGUAUUGGAAUGGUCUGAUUCUGAUAACUGGAGAGAAUUGCAGCGAUCGAAUGCCAUUGUUUGGCCGGGUAAUUCUUUAUUACCUCCUAGUGGUCGUGCAAGACUUUCAAAUGUAAGCUUACGCAUUGGCGUUACUGAAUCGAUUCCAUUUACAAUCAUCUCAAAAACCAUAGAUGAAUAUGGACAAAGCAAAACAAAUUUAGUUGGCUAUGUACCUGAUCUGAUUAAUCUUUUACAGACUACCAUGGGAUUUAUUCCUCAUAUUAUAUUAGCACCUCCAAAUCAAACCUAUUCUGGAUUGGUCGAUGCAGUAGCAAACGGCGUUUACGAUAUAGCUGUAGCUGACGUUACAAUUACUGCUGCUCGAAGACAAAAAGCAGGAUUUUCGAAUUCCAUAUUUGAUAAUUCUUUACGCAUUAUUAUGCGGAAAAAAAUGAUAAAUAAUGUAGAUCUCAUCGCAUAUCUGGGCCCAUUCUCAUUUAGCCUUUGGAUGAUGCUCCUAAUCACUAGUAUCGUUGCUGCUUUCUUAAUAUGUCUACUUGAGAAACGAGAAAACCAAGUACUACAAAAUAGGUCAUUUGUUUCUGCUAUUACAAUGAGUUGGUGGUAUUCUGUCGGCACAAUUAUGGGAUAUGGUGCAGAUUUUCAAGUUAGAACAGCUGCUGGACGUCUGUUGACUGUCGGAUUAUAUCUUCUGAGUUUAGUAUUAGUAGCAAGUUAUACUGCCAAUUUAGCAUCUGACUUAACAAUAUCAAAGUCAAAAGAUGUCAUUUCUGGGAUUGAUGAUAUAAAACACGGCAGAAUUCCAUUCAAUCGUAUUGGUAUUCGUGUAGGCACAGCUGGUGAAGAGUAUUACUUGCGGGAAAUUUCUGGAGGUAAUAAAAACUUUUAUCCAUUGAAGUCUCGGCAGCAUAUGUAUGAUUGUCUACUUAAUGAUUUGAUUGAUGCAUCUUUUAUGGAUAGUGGUACUGCACAAUAUGUAACAAAUAAUAUAUAUUGUAAUCUAACUUUAGUAGGUGCAGAUUUCGAUGAGAGUUCAUUAGGUAUUGUUACUCCUAAGCACUGGUUAUAUGAACAAGAUUUAGAUGUUAACAUAUUAUCAUUAAGAGAGUCAGGCAUUCUUGAUGAUUUAAAAAGAAAAUGGUUUCAAAUAAGUAGCUGUUCUGGUACAUCCGAUUUGCCGACUGGUAUGGCUAUGGAAACAAUGAGUGGCUUAUUUCUUACAUUUGCAGUGAUUAUUGUUUUGUCACUGCUAUUAUUCUUAUGGACAAAACGUUUUACAAUGACAGACUACUUGUUCAAAUUAGUACGCUGCAAUUGUCUGUUAUUCAGAAAAAGUACCUCUAUAGUCAGAUGCACAUCAGAGACUUCUGAGCGUUCACAGCGCUUCCAGCUGGCUUCAUCCAAGUGCACAUCUUUUUAA